AUGGAAGAUGAAAAUAAUAGUUCUAAAACUUCCUCAACCUUCAUAUGGAACAACACGAAAAAUGCAUUUUGUAAUUUUUUAAAAAUUUUCAAAUGCAGCUCAUGCAAUUCAAAAGAAGUUCUUUUCAUGACAAAAUGCUGUAAAGAGUUGAUGUGCUUAUCCUGUGAAGAUCGAAUUGAAAAAUGUAGGAAUUGUGACAAAGAGAAGUUAUCAACGAAGUUAAACGACAUCGAUGUUACUUUAAAAUCAUGCAGCAUUCUGUCUAAAAUAUUAAAUAUUGAUAAUAAAUUUGCCACACCAUCAACCACAACAACAUCAUUACCAAGAGCUGCUGCAACAACCAGGUCAUCAAAACGAAAAUUAAACUCCAGUUUAUCUACCGUUGACCGUUACUUCAGCAAACAGACGACACCAAAAACACUAAAUACUAAUGAUUCGUUGCUAGAAGCCAAAAAGAUUAAAAUUGAAUCUGGAAUCGUCGCUCGAAAAUCGCCAAUCGAGAACGACAGUAACGAUAAUAAGAUGAGCAAUAAACUAAAUAUGACAACCCCUUGUAACAAAAGUUUAACCAAGAGACUAAAUAAGAGAAACAAUAAAGGCGAAACUGCGUUGCAUGUUGCUUGCAUCAAGCACGAAGCCUGCCACCACGGCCACACGCUGAUAGUGGAGCAGCUACUGAUGCACUCAGCGUUCGUGGACGAACCAGGUUACGACGACUACACGCCACUACAUGACGCUGUUGAACAGAAUCAACAGGCCUGUGCUCUGCUGCUGCUGAAGUACGGGGCUGAUGUCAAUAAGAGAACCAGUUCAGGCCAUGCAGCUUUUGAGUUAGCCAAGUGCUCAGAGAUGGAGGGAACAUUAUUGAAUCAUAAGAAUAAUAACAACGGCGAUAACGAUAAUAAUAAUAAUAAUAAUAAUAAUAAUAAUUAUAAUAAUAAUAAUUAUAAUAAUAAUUAUAAUAAUAAUAAUUAUAAUAAUAAUAAUAAUAAUUAUAAACAAAUAAUGACGUCAUCGCCGUCGUCAUCGCCGUUACCAUCGUUCCAGCCAAUAGGAACGCCGAAACAUCGUCCCCAGCAUCGUCUGGUCAUAACUUGCUCCGGAUUCAGGUCAGGUAUCAAGUCGUGGAUCUCGAAAAACGUUGCCGAUCUGAAUUGGACUUUCAAAGACGAAUUCGAUGAAACUGUCACGCAUCUGAUUCCGUCGACCAAUGAGAAGAGGUUAUGCGUUCGAACGAUGAAGUACAUGAGUGCUUUGAUACUUGGGAAAUGGAUUGUACACCUAGAUUGGUUAGAGGCAUGCAGUAAAAAUAAUGGAUGGAUUGAAGAGUCUGAUUAUGAGAUAAAUGGAUGCUUCAUUCAUCCAGAUCCGUCCAUCCUUCAUAGAUCCAGGAACAGCACGGCGUUACAACUUCCGAAAUUAUUCAAAGGCGGGAAUUUUUACUUAUCCCCAAAGUUGCCAACGUCCAUAAAAUCCGAUCUGACCUCAUUAAUAAAAUAUGGGUCAGGUAAAAUAUCACUUAGAGCCGCCAAAUUAAAACUAGAGGAAUUAGGCCAGGAUGACGGCGAAUUUGGUCAAGAUGAAGAUUCUAAUAACAAUAAUAAUAAGAAGAACGAUAAUAAUAAAAUUAGCACUAAUAAACGCAGUAGUAAUAAUAAUAAUAAUAAUUCUUUGAUUAGAACGGCCGCCAAAAAAUCAAAAAUGGAGAAAAAUAAGGAAAGAAAUAAAAAAGACGAAAGCACGAAAAAUAAUAACAACAACAACAAUAAUAAUAACAACAACAACAAUACAAACUCCUUCAAAAUAAUGAACAAGAGAUUGUGUCACGUGACACCGGCUUGGAUUUUCGACUGUGCCUCGAGGCUGUGCAUUUCGCCCUGA